AUGUCCCUUGAGUCUAUUACUGACUCUUUGAGAGACAUCAACAUCAACCGUGCUGAGGUAGAGGACCCUCAGUACCAGCCUCUCCUGUUCCACCCACCGGCUGGUCUUGAAGCUACCAACAGCUCUCUCUCCGAGAUCCCAACCUACCUGUUCCGCGUGGCCUCUCCUAAAUCCAGCGCCACAACAAGCAGCACAUGGGUUCGUCCGCCCGCCACCCGACGCAACGACAAUGCCCUCUCUCAUGAGGACAUUUUCACCAUCCGGGACCCAGGCGACAAGAAGCGCAAAGCUGCCCUGCUAAACGACCAUCUUUGGUGGCAAGAGCCCUCCGACGACCCUUUCGUCUCAUGGACUAGCUCCCUUCCCUUUGCCCUACAGCUCAUCUACUACCGCCAUCAGAGCAGCCGCGACGGAUCGCCUCUGAGGGAGAUCCGCCUGUACGUGGUGGACACCAAGAAAUUCCCUCGCGGCACCUUCAUCCGUGACGUGGACUUGAUCAAUGCCUUUGUGGAUGUGGACCCUAUUCCAUCUGGAAACGGCCUGAAGAGGUUAAGGCGGUAUCGCACUUGGGAUCUCAACUUUGGUGAAUAUCUCUCGCAGGGCGCGCUGAGAAUCGAGGGCAAGUGCCAGAUGAUUAGUGGCCAGUCGAUCUUCGAGAACAACAGGCUCAGGCGCAUUCAGCCUAACUUCACUGACAUUGACGUACGUGUCCCCGAGGGAAAUCCACGAUGGGCGAAGGAGGUCUGCCGGCUGCGUAGAGUGAUCUGGAGAGGAAAUGGGGGCCCCCUCCAAGUGGCUGCCGCUGUGCCGCACGAUCGCAUGCAGGCCGUCGGCGAAAUUGCGGACCUGUUCGAUCAUCCAGCUUGGAGGCUUCCCAUGGCGAUUUACUUUGCAGCGUUGGUCGGUAGUCGGCAAGAGCUGGCGACGGUCACCACCACGACUACACUGCUUGAAGCACUAAGACCCUAUUACGCAUCCUCCGAUAUCGGUCUCGAUCGCGGCGACCUGAAGGUCAAGAUCGUUGGUUUCCAAUCGGUGCCCGAACUCGAGCAGACAGCGACGAUCUUCCAACAUAUCCGCAAAGACUAUACUCUCAGGAAGACACUCGGUUUUGACUAA